GAACUUUUAUCUCGACUACAACCUUCGCUCAUUUACUUCUUCCCAACUCAAACCUAACACAACCCUCACAACUCCACGGUUCCUUUACCAAACGACCUACCAAAUACCCAAAGGCUUCCCGAUAGCCAUUUCGAUGUCGGAUAAAGUCACUUCGCCUCGCGCCUCACGAGGUGAUUCACCGCCACCUCGCAAACGAAGUAGAAGUGAUGACCGAAGCCAAUCACCGCGUCGCGAUCGCGACAGACGAGAGAGAGAUAACUAUCGAAGAGAUGACACAUAUCGGCCUCGAGGUGGGGAUAGAAACCGUGGUGCUGGACGCGAUUCUUGGAAGGAUCAAAGAGAUAGGAACAGAGAUGACGACACUGUUCGACCGGGGCAGAAUUCGGGAAGACGAGACGAUGAUCACGGAGACAAGGACUCGGAUCGAAGAGAUGCAGAGAGAAGUGAGGGACGAGAUCGAGAUAGACCUCGGCCAAAGAAGGGCUUUGGAGGUUUCAAAUACAAGGACAAGCGACGGAACGACAUAGAAGACGGGGACAAUGAUCGACGAGGCGGCUCAUUCAGAGGCUAUCGGAACCGCUCACCGUCCCCACGCCGCAGAGAUCACGACCGCAAUCGUGAUCGUGAUUCCGGACCGUCAUCUUCCACCAAGAAGUCAAAGGCAAAGUCUAGUGGUGGAGAUACAUCUCAGCCUCCCGUCCGACCGCCUGCAGCGCCUACUAGUGGUGGCGGCGGCGGCGAAGAGAUGAUCGUUGUCCAUGUCAACGAUCGAUUAGGCACGAAGGCUGCUAUCCCGUGUUUCGCAUCAGAUCGCAUCAAGGAGUUUAAGAUCAUGGUUGCCGCCCGUAUCGGACGAGAACCCCAUGAGAUCUUGCUGAAGAGACAAGGGCAGCGUCCAUUCAAGGACAUGCUCACCCUUGCCGACUACGAGGUUAGCAAUGGUGUGCAGUUGGAUCUUGAAGUCGAUACCGGCGACUAAGCAAGGACUGAAGAGGAGUUCGAAAACCACGAUGGAUGCAGGCCUGAUAGGCCACUAGGAUACCCUUAUGACGUUGUAUUACUACUACCUAAAUGAAAGAGAAAACCCCGAUACCCGUCUGAUCAGCCGAACUUGCGCCUGUUUAAAUCUCUCCAUCAAAAUCUAAACACCGUUCCGUAUUCAACAUUUUCUCCACAGAAGAGAAAUAAGAGCUUGUUACGUUACCUUACUACCACAGCUUCCAUUCUAUAUCCGCCCUUCGGGAUGAACACGGCGAUAAUAACGCCCUGAGAAGUACGCCACAUACCUAGAUUGUUAAAUCAAUCAGUUAGGUAGCCUCGUUUGUCU